GCCCCAUGAGCGCCACAGCCACGGCGCUGGCGAGGACUUCACACCCCGCGGCCGCCCGAGCCUACAGCCCCCAGAAUGCCCCGCGACCUCCAGGGCCUACAGCUCCCAGAAUGCGCCGCGGCCUCACGGGCCUACAGCUCCCAGAAUGCCCCGCGCCCGCCCGGGCCUACAGCUCCCAGAAUGCCCCGCGGCGCCUUCUCCAAGCGCGGCGAAAGGCCUGGAAGGGCCGCGGGCUCUGGCGGAGCCCCCAGCCCCGGGCCCGGCCCGGCCCGGCGCAGGACAUGGCGGCGCUGGGCAGAUCCUGCCCGGGCCUCCCUGCGGGCCCUGCCGUGGAGUUUCCCCAGGCCCCGGCCGCUGCCCCUGAGCGCCACGGCCCGUCGGCGGGGACGCGGCACGACCCGCCGCCCGGAGCCGUCGGCCACAGCCAUUUCCAGCCGCCCGUGAUGAUCAUGGCCGGGAACGGAAGCGAUGGUGCCGACGGCGGCCGCUCCUCCGGCCUGUACCUGCAGAGCAGCCUCGACCUUGCCUCGCUGGCCGCGCUGGGAAGCUACAACGAGGGCCUGACGGUCGCCCCGGUGGGCUCCUUUACUAGCGCGGCCCCCUCGCACGGCCUGCACCUGCCGCAGGGCCACAGCCAUGUCUCUGUUCGCUGUGGAAAGAAGCAUAAGCUAGAAGAAGAGGCAGAAGGUUGUCCUGUGCGGAAGAAGAGACUGACAGGAGCCAAAAAUUGUCCUUUGAAUCCCAACACUGAAGAAUGGAUUCUCUGUGCAGGUCAGCAGGCAGCUGGGGAGGUGGCAAGUCAGUAUGGUGGCAGCGGUCCUGAAACUGCCCUGUUAGAAAUUCCCUGUGAAGAAAUGGAUCAGACAAUGGGGGAACAGCAGUGCGAGGUUGCUCGCAGGAAGCUUCAGGAGAUUGAGGACAGGAUAAUUGAUGAAGAUGAGGAAGUUCAUGCUGAUGGAAAUGUUAGCAAUCUGCCCACUCUUAUCCUGUCAGAUACCCUUAAAAAAGGGAUGAAGAGGGAUUUUGGUGAAGGCCUGACAAAGAAAAUAAUAGAAUCUAUGAGCCGUCCGUCUAUGGAGCUGGUGCUUUGGAAACCUCUUCCUGAAUUUCUCACAGAUAAACUGAAGUCUGUUUCUGUUAAGAACGUUAAGCAGCAGAGUACAGAAGGGUGUCAAGCUAAGCAGUCAACACCAAGAGCUGCUUUUGACGCACAGACUGAAACAUUCCCUGAAUCACAACAGACUGCGAUGUCUCCAGAUCAGUAUGCUGGUUUGGGAACCUCUGGGUGUGCAGAAGAAGAGAUGGAGUUGUAGAUGCCAGAUUUCAGACUGGAAGUGGUGAUCUUCUGGCAUUUUUUGUUGCUGUUUUUUGAUUCCUUCUUUCAUUCUGGUUUGAUGUGUGAAUCUGAAGUUUUAUUAUUUUUUGGGGGUUUUCCUACUAACAAUCAUAAGAAUGUGGAUUGGCCAGACACAACUUAAGGGAACUGAAAAAAUCCGUAAGAUUCCAUGCUCCGAUCUGUUAAAUAGUCUUGUUUUUACUGAGAAGGUAAUCCAGAGGCCUUUGGAACAAGGAAGUAGCUUUCCAUUUUGCUUAAUGGUGAAAUACCCUCUUAAUUGUCUUUUGGUAAAGUUUAAAAAUCCAAAUAUUGAAUGUAACUGUGGCUUAAGCUACAUCUUUCAUUUACUGAGCCAUUAAGACUUUCGUGCCCAUGCUAUGCUUGGUCAGUUGGUUUCAUUUGGAUUACAAAAAGGUAUGGAAAGGAAGAAACACUUUGGCAUUCAGUCGCAGAUUGAAAAGCAGUCACUUUGGAAGUACAGCUUUCCACAGUAUUUCAUCUGUGGCUGGUCUGUACUUUAUGUCCACUCAAAUGUAGAAAUUACACAUCUGUGGUGUGGUAGGGAAGGAAUGUUACAGCUGAGCACAGGCUUCUUGUUUUGUAUGAAGUAAAAUCAGCUACUAACUUGCAAGAUACUUAAUAACUUUAGUCAUCUUUGAUUCACUGGCUCCUAAAUUGUGUUUGUGGGUUUUUGAUGCCCCCCUUUCCCAAAGUCCAGAGAAAAGUAGUUCUUGGUGGAUUGAUUCACAUUUUACAUUGUGCUGUGAUUUUUUUUUGUAUGCAUUGAGUUGGCAAGUCAGUUGAAGACAGUGUACCUUUUGCUUAAAUAACAGGCAUCCUUUAAUUUUUAUAAACGUGGUAAGUAAAUCAGAUAACAGGGAGCUGGUUUCCGGCAUAAAGAGGGUCAAAUACUGAUUAUUGUCUGUAACCAAGUCCCAGAUUUGAGGCUGCUGGCAUUGGUGGUGAAGUAAGGAUGAUGGUUGUCUUCUUCCUGGGGGAAUCUAGACUUAAAACUUAGCCAGAGCAUGUGCCAUUAACAUAACAUCAUGUAGUUUAUACAGAUGUGUAUGCCAAAAGAAUUCAGUGUGUUAAGAAAAGGGAUCCUCACUUGGCUACUGCUUGUAACUUUCCUCAGUACACAACAGUUCUGUUACGCUUAAAGCCCUUAAACAAGGCAAAGGAUCUUACCUUGUGUUCUUAAGUCCUUGAGCUUUCUCAGAGAUAACAGAAUUAAGGCUUUUUGUAAGAAAUUCCUUUCCCUGUAGCAGGCUCAGUUCAGGGCGCUAGCAUCCCAGUCUGGCUUUGACAUCUUGCUGACGUAAAGGAGCAAGUCCACAAUAACGCAGCUGUUUGCGUAAGAAAAUCUACUCUUCCUUUGCACAGCUAAUUGAUAAUCUUUGUGAUGGUAUUUUUGUUGGAUAACUGUUGAAUAACCCAUAGUUGAUAGUUUAAAACCAAGCUUCUCGCAGUCAUCCUUUCUUUUCUUUUGGCUGACAGCAGCAGCUUUGUUCAAAAGGUACCCCUGUUUGUUAAAUCCUGUCGAUCUUGCUGCUCUCGUCGAAGGUUGUGUGAAAUUUGCUGUCUCUUGCUAAAACAUUUCAGAGCUUCAUUAAAAACAUUCCAACGUGAAUAGGUAUUACUCUGUAAACCAGUGUAUAAAUUUACCAUUCUGGAAGAACAUAUGCAGCUUUAUCUUGCUGUUAUGUCUGAUUUCAUCUAAGAGUCUGUUACAAAUCUCUUGCGUGUACUGCAUAACAUUUCUCAUAUAUUAUUAAGCUGCUGAACAUGCUUAAAAUCUACAGCCUUUGACGUGCUACGUUGCUUGAGUAUAAAGUAAAGCAAUGCAGUUUGGAGAAGGCUGUAGGCACUGCCGGGGAAAAUGUGGUGCCUCCAAAUAGCAGCCUGGGUUUAAACUUGCGGGAUUGUAACGAAACCUCAGGGUUGGAACUGUUUUAGCUGAUAGCUCUGAAUCCUAAAUAAACUGAAAAGAAAGGAUAAACAAUUCAAAAAUUUGACAAAACCAUCUCAGCAAUACUAAAAUAGCGACAGAAGAUGUAUAAAACUGGGAGGCCUAAAUACAUCUCAAUGCAGGGAUUUUUAAGAGGAAAAAUUUCAAUUGUGUAUCAAAUUUGCAGAAUUUUUUGCAGUUGGCUUUUAAGCAUACUUUAUUGCUCUUAUGUUUGUACCAAAGGUUGAUGUUCAGAAGUGUGUUUCCUUUUAAUUGUUUGAUGCUCAUGGCAUCACUGACCCCUGUUAUUCUGCCAUCUGAAACAAGAAUAUAGCAGUAGACUAUUGACAGAGACCAUGAGAUGAGAAGAAACUGCAUCCAAGAAAUUUGGUUUUGGUAGAAAACACUAAAUUUUUUGGUAAUUUGUUAAUCCCCUUGUGAUAGGAGAGAAGUUUGAAUUGUUUGAGUUGAUGGAAGUGGAGCAGAGCAGGAAUCGAGUAUCUAGGAGGACUGAGCAAGAUUCUUGCCAUAGCCAUCACUUGGAGAGAGAGAACCAGCUACUUGGUGUUUUCAAACUUUUGUGUUUGUAAGAGUUUCAUUUGUUGUUGGCUUCCUUAAAAGACUUUCAUUAAAGCUGUUUACAAGCGGGAUGGCAAAUGUGAUGCAGUAUUAGGUAAAACUUUAUUUUGAGUUAUGGAAUAUCUGAUUCUGGUCUGUCUUCUCUUGGGACCAAAUCGCCCUUUGUAUGUCAGUUUUCAAUAAAUUUUCUAAAAUAUUUUUUA